UUUAUUGCACAAGAUGUAAUUCAACCACACAACAGCUCCAAUGUGUGUCUAACCCUUUUCCCGGCAAAACUCGAAACAACACUAUUAACAACGUCACUUCCCUAUCCCUCCCGGAAGUCCCGCCCCCCAGCCAAAGUCAUUGGCUAACACACCGUAGCCAGCCGCUACAACACUUACCUCCACCGAGUAUUGGAGUGUCGAAAUGACAAAACGAAAACCUGGAAAACGAUGGAGAAGAGCUGGUAAAGAAUUCGACUCAAAUAAACGAUCAAGAAGGACUGUACAAUUGUCAUUCCGUCUGCAGCCACCAUGUGAAUGUGGAGACUGAUGAGCAAUGUCUAAGAGGUAGCAGCAUGGGAACACUGCAGGAGGCAGUGCCUCCUGAAGGAGCCCAAAACACUGCUCUUCAAAUGGAACACAUCCAACCUCCAGGUGUCCAUGCAGGAUGUACCACUCUGGAACAUCAAGCCUCUCCCUACCCCCCAGAUCAGCCCUCAUUCAGCCCUCAUAGAUCCUCCUGAUGGCCUAACAACUGAACUACAUGUCGAUGCAGAGUAUGAUCCAUCUCAAUCAUUUGAGGAAUCUCUCCCUGAUAUGGGGGAUUGGAUGUACAAUGACGGACAUACGUUUAAUGAAGGAUUUGAAGAUAGUUUGAGUGAGGAAUGUGCAGAAGAGUCAAAUAUCAAGGACACAACAGACAAACCAAUAUAUGACAAUGUAUCAGUAACCGUGGCAGAGUGCCUUCUGAUCAUCAUGGGUUAUGUAAACUGUCAUAAAGUCACUGAUAAGGCCCUAAGCGAUUUGCUGAAAAUGUUCAAGUUGCUUUGUCCCAAUAGUCUGAAUGCAGACUGCUUAAACAGUGUGCCGAAGUUCAAAAACUUUUUUUUAUCCCGCUCUGCAUCAUCGCCUAUUUUAUUACAUAAAUACUGCAGUAAUUGUUUUGGGCCAUUAGAAAGUAAACAAAUAAAAUGCCUGUCUUGUGGGACCAGUGUGUCAGAAGAAAGAUCCUCAUCCUUUAUAGAGGUUCCAAUUAAGGCUCAAAUAAGGUCAUUGUUCCUCAAGCCAGGUUUUCAGGAGAAGCUUAACUUUAGAUUAAGCAGAAAGAAGGCAGAUGCUAACAACAUUGAAGAUAUUUAUGAUGCAGAAGUUUACAAACAGCUUGUGGAUAGGGGUGGUCCUCUUAGUGACCCUAAAAACAUCUCACUUACUUGGAACACAGAUGAAGACAAAAAUGGAUAUUUGUUAAGGCUCAUACAUGGUACUCAAAAUAUACCUAUGCAGAUGGUAAAUGUAGUCAAACUUGUGCAGUCUAUUCCUGUUAUUUCACAAACUAUUAAACCAGGGAAUGUAAUAGCUGAAUUUUACAGACAUAUGACUAAAGAUGAUAGUUUCUGUCAGGAAAACAAAGAUUUGUCUAGGAUUAAACUAUAUGGAGCAUCUAGUGGACUUCUAUUGGACACAGUUCACCUCUGCAUUGCAAAUACAUGCUGGUCACUGCAUCAAUUCUGGAACAGUAAGCAUCUUUCACAGGGCACAAGUUAAGAGAAAUUAUCUCACAUCAAAACACUAUGGUAAAGGUAAUAGAAGAAACAAUUUUACAGUUUUUUUUUUCAAAUGACAGACAAACAAAGUAUGGACAGAUUGAUUUCUUCUUUACCAUAGCACAAUCAUGUGCCAAAUGGGCCCUUGUUCGUGAAUUUAAACAUGCAGGUUUUUCUUUGCUGCAAGAUAGUAUAACAAAUGGUACAUGCAGUCAUGUUAUUCCCCUAUUGGAAACCUCUGCCAGUACAGUAGUAUGCUUGUUUUUUUCCUUGACUUCACAUCUAUGCCUGGCAUUGUGUUUGCAGUUCAUUUCCCAAACACACUUGAAAAGUUUUAACUAAUUAAGAACUGAACUGGCCUAAGAAGCCACUAAUCAAAUAUUUGAUCAUUGUUAUAAAUGCUCUGAAAAUACACACCGUUGUGAUGUUGC